GGACGUGCUGACGUUGUGCAAGGGAGAGGUCAGGAGCAGAUUGUGCGUCUUCUAAAAGACAGAAGGACGUUAUGUCGGGAGAGGAAUGCAGAUGUGUGAUCGCUUGGGGACGAUUGAGUAGCGAAUGUUUUCUUGGUCCUUGAGUGACCUUGCUUAUGGUUUAUACUGUGUACGAGUGAAAGAAGAGAGUGAUUGAAGUGCAUCGUGGUGUUUAGGUAAGAUAUUGUGUUUCCCAUUCCCCUGUCUUGCUUUAUAUGUUGUGACUGAGUGUACGCCUUAUUUGUUUAUAGUGCAACCUAUUGUAAAUAUUACUUUCCUUGGUAUGACGAAAGCUGUAGGGGUUGUGUGCCAUUUAUUUUUAGUCUGUCUUUUGUUCUUUGUUUUGAACCAGCUAGGGAGUUAGGUUAGACUCUGUAUUAUAUUUUGAAGUACCUUUUCUGUUGUUAGUUAUUUAAAUUGAUACGGGUCAAGAUAGCACCUGGUUUGUUUAUUAUUUUGGCCUUGCCCAGCCCUGAAGAGAUUUGUUUUCUGAGUGAUUCUGUUUGUUCUGGGAUUAUUUCCUUCUUGCAGUCAUUAAAUUGGUAAAGUAAUCAAAGAGUUGAGUGAAACGUGUGUCGACCUCAUUUUUAUUAUUGAGUUAUAUUAAUACGUUUUAUGUUACACGUCGACCCUAGAUUGAGAUCGUAAUAUAAAUUGGGGCUCAUCCGACCCUGUAAAAAUCAUCUGUGAAACCCUUCUUGUGGCUGUACGUAGGAAUGGGGUUCCUGGGAGGAGAUGUAACUAUUCACAAUGAAACUCAGUACAAAUGGACCGUCUGCAUCGAGUCUCAGGAGCCAUGGCCUAAGUCUGACGUUUAUAUAACAUUCACAGUUGGACCCUAUGGAAAAAAAGUUAGAAAAUUCUUUGUUCCUAUCACCGCAAUCAGAACGAUCUAUAUCAAUGUGAAGUAUGGCGACUGCUCAGAGAGAGACUGUUACAAAAAUCCACAUUUGUGGUACAGGAUGGAUCCAAAAGAUGACCCAUCUUUCACAAUUCGAGAGAGUGGAGACCACCAGCAAAUACAUCUGGACUGCAACAUACAUUAUGAGAGGAAGAAAUCAACAUGCCCAAAUUAUGGAAAAAUUGAAGAUGAUGCCCGAGAAGAAGAGGAGCGACGCAGGCGAGAAGAAGAGCAGCGACGUCAGGCCCAGCUUGAACGUGAAAGAAGAAUUGAGGAACAGAUUAAAAGGGAAAGUGAGCUCACUGCUAAGAAACUUUCACAAGCCACAGAGACACUGAAGCAGAGACAGAGGCUGAGAGGCCAUGAGGUCCACCACCAAACUCAUAUAAUGCAACAGCCACUGGACGCUGAAAUUGAAAUAGAUGAGGUUCCAGAAAUAGAGAAGAAAUUCAUGGAACUCUUGUUUGAAUAUCAAAUCACUGAAGAUGAAGACUCAGAGGAGACAUUAGCAGACAGAAUGAAAACUCUGCAAAAUGAGUUAAUGGUGGAGUUCUGUAAGAAACAUAAUCUGUCCAGUAGCUGUGUGUUUUCUUUCAACACUGCAGUUGGUUAUGAGACUCUGCCUCUACAUGAUAGACUGUCAGUACUUGAGGCAGUAAUGCGUUUAGUUCUUGAGGAGAAUGAAGAAGACCACACACAAAAACACGAACGGGACUUCCUCUUGGAUCUGCUUGAACUGUUGCAAGAUGAUCAUCCAUCGCUUGCGUUUAAUCUUUUACAGAGCAUUCUUCAAACUGAUAUGCAACUGUCUACACAGAGUAAAGAAAUUCUGUGUCAGAUUGCAUUCAACAACACAUGGAAACUGCCAGAAGUAACAGAUUUCAUGAGGAAUCAUUUUGGCAAAGACAAAGAACAAGUGCAGUCAAUACUUCACAUUGCACAGACAUACAAGCUGGAGUAUGGGAGCGUCUUUACUGCUUUAGGUUCAGCUGAUCCCCUCAGAGGGUUAAAAAGCUAUGUUGACAAAGAGAGACACAAAAAUGCUGAUACUGUUAUUAGUGAAAUGCGUAAAGCCAACUACCCAGAGAAUUGGCCUCCAGCAUUUGGAGCAAGUCCUAGCAAGCAUCUGGGCCAUGAUAUCUGCAUGUCGACCAAUUGA